UUUAUUUGCAGCUUGUUUAUAACUUGUCAUCGGCUCUAAUUUGGGUGUUUUUCAUCCUCCUGACUGUGUUUCAUUUCUGUCAGGUACAAUGGCUCUUGGAGUGCUUAAUUCGCAAGUUAAAAAUUCCCUGAGUGGGAGUGCAUUUUUCGACCGCGGUUCUAUAGAGGAACAGGAACCACCGCCUCCACUCCGCAGCUACCUUUGUUUGACUAUUUUCACCUGCUUUUGUCCUGCAUACCCCGUCAACAUUGUGGCCCUGGUCUUCUCUAUCAUGUCUAGAAACAGCUAUUAUCAGGGUGACUAUGACGGGUCGCGGCGCCUGGGCAGGAAUGCUCUCUAUGUGGCUGUUGCCUCCAUCAUCAUCGGCCUUCUCAUCAUCGCUAUCUUCUGCAUCGUUCAUUUUACUACUAUGGAUUUUUAGUGCUUUGGAAGUGAAAAGAAGGGAAGAAGAGAAAUAAGACAGUUGAACAGAAAACUGUGGAUGAUGAUGUCUGGCUGGG